AUGUCUCUUACAUUGAAGCCAACCCUCGAAGAAGUACAAGAACUUGUCCAAUCGGGCAAGGGAAACACCAUUCCUAUCUAUGCAGAAUUCGAAGCCGAUCUCUUGACACCCGUCUCAGCCUAUCUCAAAGUCGCCGACCGUUGCGAUUACUCAUUCUUGCUUGAAUCCGUUGCUGGUGGAGAGAACAUUGGCCGUUAUUCAUUCAUUGGUGCAGAUCCCUACAAGUUGAUUCGAGUGGGUGCUAGUGAAGCAGUACAAGGCGAUCCUUUGACGGCUGUGGAACGUGAACUUGAACCUAUCAAAUACGUAAAGAUCCCUGGAUUACCAUCAUUUACUGGUGGUGCCGUGGGCUACAUUGGCUUUGAUUGUUACCAGUAUUUUGAACCAAGUAUCCAGGGUGAAUUACCUGAUCCCAUUGGUAUCCCAGACGCCAUCUUUAUGCUUUGCGACACCUUGGUGAUCUUUGAUCGAGUACGAAACGUCGCAUUGGUCGUAUCCCAUUUCCGCAGUGAUGUAACAGACGCCGAAGGAAUCAAGCGAGAAUACAUGAAAGCAGCAGAGGAAGUCGAAUGCACAAUGAGCUUGUUGAACGAUCCACGCAUACCAGAAAUCCCACAACCACCUGUCGACCUCUCCUUUAAGCCCGAAUCCAAUGUUGGAAAGAGUGGUUACGAAGGCUUCGUCACACAACUUAAGCAUCACAUCAAGGAAGGCGAUAUUUUCCAAGCUGUUCCCUCACAACGUCUCAAACGUCCCACCUCUUUGCAUCCUUUCAAUGUCUAUCGUCACUUGCGUUCACUCAACCCAUCGCCCUACAUGUUCUACGUCAACCUUAAGGACUUUAAUGUGGUCGGUGCAUCUCCCGAAAUGUUGACCAAGGUGCAGGAUCGCGUUGCCUACACACAUCCAAUUGCUGGUACUCGUAAGCGUGGAAAGACACCUGCUGAAGAUGAAGCUCUUGCCACCGAACUCCUUUCCAAUAUCAAGGAGCGUGCUGAACACGUGAUGCUUGUCGAUCUCGGUCGUAAUGAUGUCAAUCGCAUUUGCAAACCCGAGAGUGUCAAGGUCGACAAGCUUAUGCAAAUCGAAUAUUAUUCUCACGUCAUGCAUAUUGUAUCGAAUGUCUCGGGUACCCUUCGUGAUGACAAGACGCCUUUUGAUGCAUUCCGUGCUAUUUUCCCUGCUGGCACAGUGUCUGGUGCGCCCAAGAUUCGUGCUGUGGAGCUCAUUCGUGGUUUGGAGAAGGAAAAACGUGGCAUUUAUGCUGGAUCGGUGGGUCACUUUGAUUACUCAGGAGAUCUUGAUACCUGCAUUGCUAUUCGAACAAUGUUAUUCAAGGAUGGUGUAGCAUACCUGCAGGCGGGUGGUGGUAUCGUGCAUGACUCUGUUGAGGAAGAAGAGUAUAUUGAGACGAUGAACAAAAUGGGAUCCAACUUGGCCACUAUCGAGCAAUGUGAACGAAAGAUCUAUGAGCAGCAACAAAAGCAGUAA